AUGGAUGUAAAUGAGUGUGAAGCUGAACCAUGCAAGAAUGGUGGAAUUUGUACAGAUCUUGUUGCCAACUAUUCCUGUGAAUGUCCGGGUGAAUUUAUGGGAAGAAACUGCCAACACAGAUGCUCUGGCCCUCUAGGAAUAGAAGGAGGUAUUGUGUCAAACCAACAAAUUACUGCAUCAUCCACUCAUCGAGCGCUUUUUGGACUCCAGAAAUGGUAUCCAUACUAUGCGCGACUUAAUAAGAAGGGUCUUGUAAAUGCUUGGACUGCUGCAGAAAAUGACAGAUGGCCAUGGAUUCAGAUAAACCUGCAGAGGAAAAUGAGAGUCACUGGAGUAAUAACCCAAGGAGCCAAGAGGAUCGGAAGUCCAGAAUAUAUAAAAUCUUACAAAAUCGCAUAUAGUAAUGAUGGGAAGUCUUGGUCAAUGUACAAAGUAAAAGGCACAAAUGAAGAUAUGGUGUUCCGUGGAAACGUGGACAACAACACUCCAUAUGCCAACUCCUUCACACCACCAAUAAAGUCACAGUACAUACGGCUGUAUCCUCAGGUCUGCAGAAGGCAUUGUACAUUGAGAAUGGAACUUCUUGGCUGUGAGUUAUCAGGUUGCUCAGAGCCCCUGGGGAUGAAAUCAGGACAUAUACAGGACUACCAAAUUACUGCCUCCAGUGUUUUCCGAACGCUCAACAUGGACAUGUUCACUUGGGAACCUAGGAAAGCCCGACUCGACAAGCAAGGCAAAGUUAAUGCCUGGACCUCUGGCCACAAUGACCAGUCACAGUGGCUGCAGGUUGACCUGCUUGUCCCUACAAAAGUCACUGGCAUAAUUACUCAAGGAGCUAAAGAUUUUGGUCAUGUCCAGUUUGUGGGGUCCUACAAGCUUGCUUACAGUAAUGAUGGGGAGCACUGGAUCAUAUACCAGGAUGAAAAACAAAAGAAGGAUAAGGUGUUCCAGGGAAAUUUUGACAAUGACACACACCGAAAGAACGUCAUUGACCCUCCAAUCUACGCUCGGCACAUAAGGAUCCUCCCGUGGUCGUGGUAUGGCAGGAUCACCUUACGGUCUGAGCUGUUGGGCUGCACAGAGGAGGACUGACACGGAUCUUCGUUAGAGGCAUCACAACUCUCUAUAUCCCUAAAAGUCUCUCUGUAGAAGAAACUGUGCAAAACCUGUAGGAAGCUGAAUGGGUUUUUCAUGAACAAGUGCUCACUUUAUGGUAGGCCGCUAACUGUCUUUCGCAAGGAGGUCUAAGCCUGCCCUUUAAAUGAUCCAAUCCGAUUUUGUCCUUUAAAUCCGUUACAGUGUUGUCCCUUUUGCUGUGGAAUUAUCUUUCUAGUUUUCUUUUAAGUUGUUCACACUGGUUGAAAUGUGUUAGGGAAGAACAGCAGCAUCCUUUUUCCAAGGAAAGAGAAAUAGCAUGACAAAGCUCAUUUACAGCUUUAGAAACACAGGGCCAACAAGUUCUCCGUAAAUCAUACUGUCAUCUUACUUGCAAAAAGUGAUACUGCAGCUUUUAGCAAUAAGUUUUCUCUGGGAUGACUGCAUUAUAGUAAUUGUUUCCCUUGUGCCUAUCAAACACUGUCAGUAUGACAUAUAUUUUGAAAGAUACUCUGUGGUACUAUAAAAAUACAGUACCUGUGAUAUUGCAAGCUACCUUUCAUUACAUUUGUCUGAACUGCAGAGUUCGUGCAACUAAGGGUUUUCUUAAGUAACCCCACUUUCUUUCUCUAUUUUGCAUGCUAUAGACACAGUCUCCAUUUUUUCUGUUUAGUAUCACUGUUAUUUUCUUUGGAAGAGGUGACCUGCCUGCAUAUGGAACAAAAUCUGCUAUCAGUAUAUUAUGAAGUUAAUGAAUUUGUCAAAGUUUAUUAAUUCUGCUUGAGAUGCUUUUUUUCAGGGAGUCUGAGCUCAGACUCCAGGCUGCUUGUGCUAUCUCACCUUAAGCACUCACAUGGAUACAGGCACAUGGUGUAGCAUAAAUCUUGAGCCCAUUUUGUGCCUUGCCCAGGAGUGAGCGCACAACCCUAGAUGGAGCUGCCUGCCUGAUUACUUCGGUCGGAGGGCUCCUUCAUUUCUGUGAGGAGGAAACUGUGGGAUGAAGGAAUUAGGUGCUAAAAGAUGCACAGAAGGAAUGACUCCCUCACUCCCAGGAGGCCAUCUUGUUAGGCUCUUUUUGCAGUGCCUGUCACAAAGCUCCUCCCAAACAUGAGUGCAACUGAGGCUGUAGGCGCUCAUAAAAGCUGGGCACUUGGGAUCUGCUCCUGACCACGUCUUUUCAGACGUGUGUCUCUGAGCCACGUGGAGGCUGAUUUUUUGUCAUGUCUUAGCUACAGAAAUGAUUCAUGUAUGCUACAUUGUUUUACCAACAUGAUAGUCAGCUAUGAGCCAAUUCUAAGGUGUCAAAGGUAGGUUUAAGAGGAAAAAUUACAGAACACUAGGGAGGACAUGAAAUAUUCCAGGGCUGUAGUAGUUAGCAAUCCACGGGCAGCCCAGACCGGCAGUGCGAUAAAGUGGGAGCGGGAGGCAGUGGGCCCGGCUACGCCUUGCUGCAGUCCCUGGAAGCAAAGCAGCUGCCAGGCUCCCCAGCAGCAUGGCAGGCGACUCGCUCACAAGCCACCGCUCCUUGAAGCAGCCUCUGGGAGGGUGCGAUUUAGUAGGUCUCGGGUAUAAUACAGGAAUCAGGAAAGUUUGUUGCAGUCACAGUUCUGGGGCUUAUUUGUCAUGCAGUCUUGGGCAAGUCACUUCUCUGUGCCUCAGUGUCCCUGUGACAAUGGGAAUAGUGAUACCCAGCUUUGUAAAGCACCUGGAGUUCCUGGGAGGAAAGCGCUAUGUGAAAGCCAGGUUUUGUUAUUGUAGCACCCGAAUCUUAAAAGUUCUUGGAGCAAUGGGUUGAGGGACUGUUUUAUUUAUCUGAAGGCAUGAAAUGCUUUUACUGUCACUAUUUUAAUUUCAUAACAUGCUGAUGUAGAUGUAUAGGGCUGCAUGUUUUAAGAAGUGUUUCUGAAUUUCUUUGUUGCCACCAUUGCAUUCUCACUGAAACUAAAAUACUGAGGUAUGAACCUGGGCCCUGCUUCCCAGAUAAACAACUAGCUGGCCCACAAUAUGCAAAGGGCAAAGUUUACUUUGGAAGCAAAAUGGUUUGGAUUUCAAAACCUGCAUUUAAUCUCACAUUCUCCACCACAGACGAAAUAUAGUCCAUUUUACUGUGAAAGACCCCAGAAUAGCAGCCAGGAAUUUUCCAAACAAGAAUUUAGGAUUAAUUUGUGGAGGUUUUCUGAUAAGUGUCACUUAAAUUUUUGCAUUUUAAAACACAAAACAUCCUGCCCCUAUAAAGUGACUUACUCCUUAAACUGUAUUUACACAAGUAUUUAUUUUAGAAGGCUUAGACAUUUAAAGACAUAAGACUUUUAAGGAAGAGUCUUAUAAAGGCAAAAGGUAAGAGUACGUGUAAGAAAUGUUGAGGUCCUGUGCAACACUGCUAAGUUUGUUUUUUUAUUUUUUACUUUGUGCUGCAUAACAAAAGCCACUAGACUGUUACUGUCUUGUCUGUAACUGUGUUAACAGCAUUCCUUAAUGAUGUAUAUAUGAAGCGGUCUUCAAGCGUAGUGAGCAAUUUUAAAGAGAAAGUCAAUCAUGAUGGUAUUUUUGAAGAGCAAAAAAUUUCUGAAAAAUGGAGGACAGAUGUAUUCCUAAAUUAUUUACUGCCCAUGUUUUGCACUUUAGGCUCCUCCAGGAAAAAAAAAAAAAAAGAAAGGUAGUAAUAUUAAUAUUUUAAGGGGGCACAUAAUAUUUAAAGGGGUCCAAAACCUUUUUCCUGUUUUGGGAGAGCAAUUGACCAUGAAUUUAAUUAAAGAUAUGAAUAGUAGCACAUAGGUAUUUAACUACUUGACUGUGUACCCCAAAAAUGGAAGGCCAUUUUUGAAAAUUAAGCUUCCUAGUUCAGUAGUUCGUUUUAAUGUGUUUGUUCUGUGUUCUUAAGUGAUUUUUUUCAUAUCUAUUCAUCCUUUGCAACUCCAGUUUUGAUUUAGUUUAAACUUUUGGUUUAGUAAUUUAGUUAUGUUACCUGUUCAUCUGCAUAUUAAGUGAGUGUUGUCAUGCUACCUAAUGUAGUCAUUUUAUUUUGUAAUAAUUUAGAGUUGAAUAUUUUCAUCUUUUGGUUCAUAGUCAGCUUUCAUUUAUUAGCAUUCUUCAGAAUCUGAAAACAAAGCUCCGUACAUUGUGAUAGCGCUCUGCGAUAAUUUCCAAAAGCAUCAUGUAUAUGUUGCCCUUACAUUUUCAGCUGAUGUACUGGAGCUUUUUCUAAUGAUAUAAUUAAUUCCUUGGUUAACCAAAAGCUUUCUUUAGAUGGCAUUGUGUAGCCAUGGUACCAGAUUCUGCUGCUAGUGCCAGCAGUUUAAAUCUGAAAUAACUCUUGAUUUCUAUGGAAUUAUUUCAGGUUUAACAAAACAGAUGAGAGUCAGAUGUGGCCCAUAGUUAGGAUUAUUUCCUUUAAUUUUAUUUUCCUCUUUGCAUGAAAAUGAUCGUCGUUAAGGGACACAUUCUAAACGGACACUACUGUAUUCUCCUGAUGAAAGCAAUUGGCAUUCCAAACACAGGACGCGUAUAGGGUAUGUUCCUUUAAGAGCGGACAGAAAAACGUUCUGAAAUAAUCUUCCAAUUUUGUGUUAGUUGUUACAAUGACAUUGAACAAGAGUGAAAAUGUUCUCCUAAUUAAAUUUCACCCUGAACCAGUUAAGUAUUUGCAGGCAGACUUCACCUUUCUAUAGCUCUAUAAUGUGCUUACUUUUAUAGCCUAAGAAGUAAAACAAAGGCACAAGGCUUAGUUUUAUCUCUGUUCCGUUAAGGGCUUAUCACUUUAACUGGUUCUGGUUUUGAGGUUGACUUUCUCUUUUGAAAUGACUGCAUACAAAUUAGUGUGAGUUUUGAAGACUAAGGAUACUAAAUGAGUGUAUCUUUGCUAUACAACAAAUAUGAACUAUAAUAUUCAGUGCUGGCUUCUGAUGUGUCAGUAAGUACAGAAGUAUCUCAGACACAAUGACCUUUGCAACCUUUCAAGCUGUGUAAUAUUCAAAUGGUUUUGUAUAUACUUAAAUCAUGUAGAAUGAUGUAAAACCAGUAUGACCUUGUCUAGUCUUCAAACUUAACAAUAAAACUUUUGAAAAAUGA